UGUCACUACUGUUGCAACAUUCGUAAUUUUGUCGGAAGUUUGUUAUUCUACAGGUUGAUCUAUUUUUUUUUUCAAAGGAUGAUGUUAAAUUCCGUCAAUGUAAUGCCCAAUAAUCGAAAAGAAAAGCAGGGAUAUAUUGACGAUAUCAGCAAGCUAAACAGAGCAGAGCUUACGGACUUGAAAAUACGACAAGAAUUCUUGCUUCGGAACAGGAAACGACUUUCAAAAUUACCAGACAAGGGUGUCAAGAUUCGUAGUUUUUACGAACGAAUCGUGGAACAGCUAGGAAAUCAUGGAAGUAUUAAGCGUGAACCUACUUCAGGCAUUAUUCUGGGCGAACAAAAUGUAUUGAACAAUCUGGAGUGGAAUAAACAAAACGAAACGAACACUGAUAGUGAUCAUAAUUGCGAUGUGGAUGAAACUUCAACAAUAAAAAUAAAAAAAGCCUCUGCCAAUUGUAACGAAAACGCUGAAAAAGAGAUGGCUCCGACGAAAACUCAAAAAGAUAUAAAACAAGACGAGCUGGAAUCCUGCGCAGAUGUAAUUGAGCUUGAGUUGGCGCAAACCAUUCAUAAGUUCGGCGAUUUGCUUAAAAAAAGACAGCAUGAAGAAACAUCUGACGAUCCCAUAGUAAACGGCUAUGUUAAAGGUUAUUGCCAAAGGGAAAAAAACAAGGUUCACACGCAAAAGUAUUUACCAUUUAGAACAACAAAAUCCAACGUACAUGAUCCAGACAAGAGAAAGAAUUGGCAUGUGAAAUCCUGGGAAAACACAUCAGCCACUCCUUCGCCAUCAAUUCACGCUCCUGUGAAAUUACUUUCACUUGAAGAGUCAAUACAAAUUCAACUAGAGAAGAAUAGAAGUCUACAGCGUUUAGAGAAAAAAUACGCCGAAGAGCGACUGAAACGACGUGAGGAAAUUAAGGAGAGUAUGAUGAACACCGCACAACAAUCUGUGAUGAGUGAUUUGGUGUCUUAUCGUGAAGUCACUGAUGACGAAGAUGAUACAAGUAGUGAUGAUAACUGAAUGUGAUAUAUAAAUAAAUAACUGUUGAAUAGAAUCCA